GUGCCUCAAAAUUCAAUGCAGCUUGCUCCCAGGUAGGUGUUUAUAACAGAUUGGCAAGUCUUCUGUUAUCAGACUCAAAAUCUCAUUGACAUUCUAGGUGUAUCAAGAAAUAAUCCAUUCAUACUAGAGGUCCACAUGCAAGGGCAGUGGUGUGCAUUCCAUGGGAGAUUCCUCAUGCAGUUCCCAAAAAUAUUAGGUGAAAAAAACAGCAACCAAGCAUCUGGAAGCACUGCCCUCUGAGGAACGGUUGGGGCCUUUAUAGCUUUGAAAAAGGUGUGUUGUUGGAGAAACUAGAGAGGGAGACAUUCUCCCUUUCCCUCUCCCUCUCCCUCUGUCAUAUAAUGCUGUAACCUGGGUCAUCCCCUGAGGUGGAAUGGUGAGAGAUACAGGCCAGAUAAAGGAAGUACUGCACCCAGUGCAUAGUUAUCUGGAAGUCAUUUCCAUGAGGAAGAGUGAUGCCCAUAAAUGUGGAUGGCUUUCAAAGGAGACUGGACAAUUUCAUGGAGUAUAGUAGCUUUCCAUGGCUGCUAGUCAUAAUGGGCAUAUAGUAUGUCCAGGUAUCAGCUUAUGAGAUUGUGCAUAACUGUCCUGGAGAAACGUAACUGAGAGGAUGUGGCUGCACUCCUUUCAUGCUUGUGGGCUCCAGUAGGCAGCUGGUUGGCCACAGUGGGAGGGGUGUGCCAGCCUAGCUGGACCCUUGAUCUGAUCCAACAUGGCUCUUCAGUGUUCUUCUGCUGUUCUGCUUGGGUUUUCUUGCCUACCAUGAUUUGGAUAUGUGUAUUUUAAAUUGCUAUUAAAUGUGUUACUUUUAUAUUGUAUGCAUAUUGGCUUUUAAGGUGGUGUUUUCAAGUAUUGAAGGUACUGUGUUAGGCAUUUUAUUGAAAGUGGUUCUCAUGCCUACAAUGAACCCCAAAUGGUUCCCUUCCCCAGUGCAAUAUGGAAUAUGCACUGAGUGCUUCAAGGAAGCAUUAAUAUAAGUUCAAAAAUGCACAGUGCUACUGGCUCAAUAUAUAGUAUCAAUAAUAUGGCUCUCAUCCUCCAUUCCAUGCCCACCUCCAAGCCCUUUGGCCUUUACAACAAAAGCCAUAGUUUGGGAAAAAUUAAAGAGGAACAUCCUCUGCCCAAGCCCGCUUAUGUUUGUUUGGUGAGCCAUCCCUGAGUUCAGCAGGACUCACCCCUAAGCAAGUGUCCACAGGACUGCACAAUGGGUGAACAGAGCAGGCGCGGCAUUUUGCCAAGGCUUCUCUUGGAAUCCUGACCUAGCAGGCACCAGCUCCCCAGCAAAGCUUCCUCUGUGGUUCAUGCAUCUUCCCCAGAGAAUUCAAGGGAGUUAAACCUAGUAUCACUGCAGCAUAGAUGAUAGCCAUUGUUAUGAUGUUGUGCACAACCAACUUAUCCCAGAGGCCCCCAAGAUCUGUGGUUGCUUUGUGUAACACUGGGAAGAAAGUAGCCUUGGGUUCCUGGAAGGCUCUUAUAAUCAUCUCUAGCCAGAAUGACCUUCAGUUCAUUGCUCUGAGUAUGUUAGUCUCUUGUGACUCCUUGUUGAAGACUUCCUGUCAAGUAUGUUGGCUUCCUUUCCCCAACUUCUCCAGCCUUCUACACAUGUACUAGAAAUGAUCAUUCCGACAGCCAUUUUCUUGGAACAAGUGCUGGAAUUUUCCAUAGUAUUUUAUAGCUGAAUACCCAUUUGCUGGAAAAUAAAUACUCUGGAGUGAAUUUUGGGAUCAUCGAACAGCUGUGUGACCAAAGAGGAAACACACUUUCAGGGGAAGAGCUGUCAAUGGAUACAGCUAGUGGAUACAGAUUUUCUUUCACCAGACUGAGUGCUGGUGAUCUGGGAAUUAAAAGGAAAUUAAAUUACCCUAGUUCUUUUCUAAAUCUUCAUUUAUCAGUUCUGAAAAUGCGCUGAAUAUUCAGUGUCAGUAUAGGGCACUAAUUGACAAACAUAGUUAACAGCAAGAUGGCAAUUGAUAAUUUACAUGUAAUGGCAGUUAUUACUUGGCAGUGUAAUUUGAAUAAAUAUCAAUUUAACUCUUGAUAGAAAAUAGAACUUAAACUCUGAGAACUGUCUUGGGAGAUUCUGUCAUUAUUUGAUGAAGAAUAGCUUAUGUUAUGAGUGUGGAUAGUGUUUGAUCAGUAACACUAUUUGAUAUCAGAAUGAGUUGAUAUUUGCCUUCUGGAUCCUUUACUGUGUUGAUUAUUUUUCUUGUACUGUGAUUUCUAGGUCUAAACUCAGCAGUCCAGAUUGGUCCUUAACAGCACAUCAAGGAACAGAUUUCUCUGUUAAAAGCUGAAAAUUGAUCCUUAAUUUUUCUGGCUAACGUUUUUAUUUUUUGGCUUGUUGUUGCCCUUGUCACCCUGGCUGGUUCCAGUCCAGAAUGGCUCUGUGCCUUAAGCAAGUGUUUAACAAAGACAAAACCUUUCGUCCCCGGAAGAAAUUUGAGCCGGGUACCCAACGGUUUGAGCUGUACAAGAAAGCCCAGGCCUCACUCAAAUCAGGGCUCGACUUAAAGGCUGUGGUCCAGUUGCCUCCAGGGGAGAACAUCAACGACUGGAUUGCGGUGCACCUUGUGGACUUCUUCAACAGAAUAAACCUCAUCUAUGGGACCAUGUCGGAGUUCUGCACUGAGAAGAGCUGCCCCAUCAUGUCAGGAGGGCUCAAGUAUGAGUACCGCUGGCAGGAUGACUACCGGUUCAAGAGGCCGACCAAGCUGUCAGCACCCCAGUACAUGUGCAUGCUGAUGGACUGGAUUGAGACACUCAUCAAUAAUGAGGAGAUCUUUCCCACUAGGAUAGGUGUUCCUUUCCCCAAGAACUUCCAACAGGUCUGCACAAAGAUCCUGACACGCCUCUUCAGGGUCUUUGUCCAUGUCUAUAUCCACCAUUUUGACAGCAUCAUCAGCAUGGGUGCCGAAGCUCAUGUCAACACCUGCUACAAGCACUUUUACUACUUCAUCAGCGAGUUUAGUUUGGUUGAUCAAAGGGAACUAGAGCCUCUGAAGGAAAUGACAGAAAGGAUUUGCCAUUAAGGUCCUGUGGUCAGAAAUGCAAAACUGUAAUUUGCAAUGAUGUCCAUCACCGAGGAAGGUCUACAUGACUACAAUGGACUACUGCUAAGAAUGUGAGGAGCUUCCACUUCUAGGGGCUAAAUCCCCAAAUUACUGGCACAAUUUGAAAUAGUUCAAUUGGACUCCAGUAGUUUCUUUUUCCUGACUCUCACCAUACGCUGCCCAGUGGCCAUAGGGCAGUGAGAGAAUGUGUGUGCGUGAGCACUCCUGUUUUCAUUUCAUCCUCCUGAGAUCCACUUCAGGCCCAAUUGACUCACAUAUGAAGGAUGCGCAGAGGGUAAAAACCCCCCUGCAAAUCUCUCCACAGAGGAACCACAAAUCCAGAGGUGCUAUCAGGCUCAGGAUUGUGACCAGCACCACAGAAUAAUCCGCCAUUAUUGAUUAUGCAGUGAUAGACUGUGAAGCAAGGAGAUCUUUUGCUUUGGUGAACUUAGGAGUAAUUUUAACAACAAGCUAUUACAGUUCCAUUACAGAAAAUAUGAACAGCCUUAGACUGAGUCAAAUCAAAGGACCAGUACUGUGCCAUGUACCACUCCAAUACUGUCUUCCUUUGACUGAUGAUGAUGCCCCAGGAUGUCAUCCAGACAAAUCUUCCCAGCCCAGCCAUCUGUGAAGAAUGAAGCUGCUGAGGAUUGGCCCUGGAAUCUUCUACAUUCAAAGGACCACUGAGCCAAGAUUCCCUUCCCUUAAUUCUCACUACUUAUUUCCCCACUGGCGGUCACUUGCUAUCCUUGUCUAUUGAUUUAUCUUCAAUUCAAAAAUGAUCUGAGCCACAUACAUGGAUAAUUUUACUAUAAAAUAUAAGUUUUAUUUAGUCAAGGUUUUAGACAUUCUACCUUAGUAUUUGUAUCUUGCACUGUCUUGCUUUUUCUGCCUAUGAAGUUUAAAUGUUAAAAUUGCACAGAUUUUGGGACUGACAUUUGUUAGAUGCAAAACUCACAUAGAUGAAAUUAAUUACUACAAAAAUGUAAUAAUAAAAUGGUAGGCAUUCUCA